UUGUAAAAUAUUUUAAACAAUCCUUGAGAAAUCCACAAUUUUCUCUUAAAAAACAUUAAUAACAAAAAAAUAAACCAGAAAUAGCAUUGAACUACAAGAAAAGAAAAGCACAAUUGAUAGUUUUGAAACGUGUCUGCAAAUACAUUGAACAUGUCUGGUAUAGCAACAUAUAUUGUUUGGAUGAAAUUGAAUUUUAAAUAGAAUUUUCAAAAACACAAUGAAAGACGUGUUUCUUGUUACUGUGGCAGAUGAUAAUGUAACUUUAUAUAUGUAGUAAAGAAAACACUAUAAACUGAUUAAAGACAAAUAUUACAAUGAUAAGAUUUUGGCAAUGAGUAUUCUCCUAAAAAGAAAUGUCACUUCAAAAAUUUUUAAAAUGCAAAGAGAAGAAAAACAACUGGAUUCAGCUCUGGAAGCUAUUAUUAUGAAAGUAAAUGACUUAAAAACAGCCAUUGCUGCAAUGAUUUACAAAUUGGAACAUGAGUAUGAAACUUUAAAUUGGCCUAACUUCCUUGAUAAUUUUGCACUUAUUUCAGGCCAUUUAACUAGUCUUUCAAAAAUCCUUGGACAUGAUAAAGCACCAAACUUAAGAAAUCUGACAGUUUUACCAUUACGAUUAAGUCCAGAAAAAGAUGAAGAUCUACUUCGUUUAACUGAAAAUAGAAUUUCUACAUUUGCUCAUGAUUUAGUACCAGAUUAUCUACGAACCAAAGUAGAGCCUCAAGCUGAACAAAAGAUGAUGCAGCUUGAAGCAAAAGCUGCGAAUCUAAAUUACGAAACUUCACACGACUGCAAUAAACAAGUGACACAAUACACAAAGGUUAUUAGUCAUGUAUGGGAUAUAGCAAAUAAAGCAAGAGAAGAAUGGGAAAGUGAAUCUGGAUCUAGAGCCGCACAAGCACAAACUAGUAGUACAGCGGAUACUCAUGCUCUUGUAGCAGCUGUGGGCGUUGGUAAAAGUUUAAAGUCUGAUUCGGUUCCAAUGGUUCAGUCUGGUGUAAAUUCUGUGUCGAGUGGAAUGAUGGUAGGUAGGCCCGGAAACCAACAACAAAGUUCAGGACAAGGAACUAUGGGAAAUUCAUCCAUGGGACAAAUGAGUAAAGCUCCAAGUACAAUUAAAACUAAUAUUAAAGCAGCCUCACAAAUUCAUCCAUAUAGACUAAAUUUAACACGAUAUUGAAUAAAUACUAUUAAAAGUCGAAAGUUUAUACAUACUUUCAGCUGCAUAUAACUGAAGAACAGCCCUUGCAAGAACAUAAAAGGAAUGUUCAUUGUGAGUUUUUACAGACAUGUUACACCAUCUGUCCGCUGGUUCUUGACAUGCUAAUCGUAAAAAUGGUUGUCUUAAGAAGAAACCAGUAUCAAAAUCAGAAUUAUUGAUUACAGUUUUAAGGCAAUUAGAUAAAGGAAAGUUGUUAAAAUACUGUUUUUUAAUCAAUGAAUCUGUUUGCAUACUUAUUGAUAUUGAAAGUUUAUGAUAACAGCAUGAAACCAUAAUGAAGAUACGUGCUACUUGCAUCUUAUAAAAUAUUUUUAUUGCAUCUAUACUUAGAUCUCCACAUGCAUGUAAACCAAUUAAACAAACAUCUGACUUUUCUUCAAAUUCAUUAUAUAAGAUGGUUUCUAUUGUUUCUGCAGAAGCACAUGUUAAAUUACAACAACUAUAUCUGACAUGUGCUAAUGAAUUAGGGUACAUCUUUGCUUGUCUAUCUUGAGCAUUAUUUAUAAUUGCUUGAUUUUUUUCUAAUCCAAGUACUUUAUAACCAUAUAAAUUAUGUAACAACUGACAGAUAUAUCCCUGUAAUAAAUACAUGUUAAAAAUAUUUCAAUUUUAUUAGCAGUAUUUAUAAACAUUUCUUACCAAACCUGCACCAAGAUCAACAAUAACUUUAAUGUUUUGCGAUGUACACUGCAUAUGUAUCAAAUGGGCUAAAUUCAUUAUUUCGUGUUGCUUUUUACAACUGAGUCCUAUUUGAAAGCUUUUUGGUAAUUUAGCUUCUACUAUAUUAUUUAUAGUUGGUAAUUGAUCUAUGUACCUACAUUUUUCAACAAAGAGUUUUAAAGUCUCAGACCACUCAGGCUAAAAUAUAAUAUUUUAAUACUGUUAAAAUACUUUUAUUCCAAGUUAUAAUUAACUAAUUAUUGUUGUUUCACUUAUGAAUUAUUUAAAUACCUGGUUUACCAACCUUUAUUCUUUUGCUUACAACAAAAUCAUUAAGUUCUUCAUUUUCUAAAAUUUGUAAUGCAUGCAACCAUUUUUUUGGAAAUAAAUCAAGUACGCCACUUGUUAGUAAGUCGGUGACUGGAAUAUUGUAAAGCCAUUGUGUUUCAUGAAAUAACUUUAAUGCAUCCAGAAAAUAUAUAGCCCUUACGUUUUUAGUUACACGUGCCAUCUAACAUUACAGAAAAUACGGGUAAACUUUACUUUACCGGACCCAAAAUUUUGGACCUUUUUUUUUUUGAAUCUAUAGUUUUUGAUGCGUAGAAUCUGAAAAUGCAAGUCUCAACUUUAGGAAUUCAGUGGUUAAAAAGUUAUAAGCGUGUAAAGUUUGACAUUUUUAGCGGAUUUGCUUCGUUACUGUGACGCCAUAUUGCCUUAGAUGUAUAACCUGAUUGGUCCUCGCAUAGCGUAGAACUAAACUUCUGCUUACCUUAAUUAAAAACAUAUUGUUUCCGAAUCGCUUUCAUCAUUGAUCCCAUGAGGUCUACGUUGUGACGGCAAAACCGUCGCCACAGAUAUUCGCAUAAGCGAUCGGCAAAUUCCUCAUCGUGAAAACGACCCCUCCCCCUCAUCCAGUCCUUCGCCGGCCGCCAAUUUGACUCUAUUUGCUGGGUAUGAGUCCCAUCACUAGCUGUAUUUAAAUUAUUCAUAAAAUUGAAUUCUCUCUCUCUCUUUAAAAAAAUAUACACCUAACUAACUCAGACAGUAUCAAAUUUACCCGCCAAAGUAGUCGGCACCCACGUGAAUCUGCCUACAGCUAGCGACACCGUACAUUGGACAAGAAGUCAAUAUGGCGUCCCAGUAACGUAACAAAUCCGCUAAGAAUGUCAAACUUUACACGCUUAUAACUUUUUAACCACUGAAUUCCUAAAGUUGAGACUUGCAUUUUUGGAUUCUCUGCAUCAAAAACUAUAGAUUCAAAAAAAAAAAGUCCAAAAUUUUGGGUCCGGUAAAGUAAAGUUCACCCGAAAAUACAUUUUACGAAGCAUUGUUGUUUUCCAAAAUAUUGGCGAGUGAUUGUGAUUGCUCACAAGUAAUCAAGAUGAUGACCAAAAUAUCAAAGUUCGUUUACUAACUUCAAAUAAAAGAAAAUUUAGCAAAAAAAAAA